UGCUGAUCCAAAUGGUUCGACCAAAUUCAUGUAAGUCUGAUACGUGUGUCUAUUAUGCCUAGUCAAGGUUACGAUGCGGGUUACGCAUGUGUCUAGAUCUCGCCUCCUAGCGGAUGAGAUGCCCCAUCUGGCAGCCCGUCUCAAUGGAGAAUUUUUUUUUUUUAUUAUUAUAUAAAUCGUAUGCUACCUUAUGUCGAUAUGGUACGAUAAUCACCACCAGCUUCCUCUACAUCAUCUACAUUUAUAAACAAACAUUCUUCACCUCUGCUCACUAUCAUCACUACUCUAAACCAUCCAAUACUUGAUAAGUCUCCAUUACGCAAAAUGAGUCGACAAUCAAACCCGUUCAACAAUGCAAACUUCUGGGAUUUUGUUCAGCACUUUGACCCCAACCAAGCAACUGGCCGCGGAGUAGAUCAUCAGACUGAGACUCCAUUUCCCUCUUUCAUGGCCGGUUUCCCCUUUGGUUCGCCAUCUGGCCCUCACCCUCCUCACCCUCCUCAUCCCCAUGGGCAUGGACAUGGUCCACGAGGACCUCCUCCACCCCCUGAGGCUGACGGCUUCGUCUGGGGUCCUUGGUUCUCCGGUGAAGGCGCUCCCGACAGUCGAACCCAUAAUGAGCCAAGUCAGCAGGCAAACGAGACUCAGCAAGCUACCGGAAGUGAAAGCCACGAGUCUGACGAGACCAUGAAUGUCCCUGACCCCGAAGAAGUUGCCCCUGAGGAGAAUCAGUGCGGAGCUCGGCCUGAGUGGGCUGGGCGAGGUCGUGGCCGUGGCCGUGGAGGCCCUCGAUGCGGUCGAGGUCGAGGCCGCGGUGCUUUCCCCCAUGGCCCUCACCGUGGUCCCCAUCACGGCCCUCAUCCUCCCCCUCCCCCCUACGGUGGCCCCUUUGACCUUUCUGGCCUCUUCCGCGGAUGGGGCAACCAUCCUUUCGUUCGCAACAUGCGCGAGCAGUUCCAAGAGAACCAGAACCGGAGCCAGGAGCAAAACACCAAUGACUCAUCCGACUCCUCCUUCAACCCACCUAUCGACAUCUUCAACACCGAGAAGUCAUAUGUCAUUCACGUCGCCCUCCCUGGCGCAAAGAAGGAGGAUAUUGGCCUGAACUGGGAUGCCGACCGCAACCUUCUCAAGAUCGCAGGCGUCGUCCACCGCCCUGGCGAUGAGGCCUUCCUCAGCACGCUCAGCUCUGGCGAGCGCAAGGUUGGUAUGUUUGAACGCAACGUAGCUCUGCCGCCCUCGGGAGCAGAUGAGCGCGACGAGGUUGACGGUUUGGGCAUCACCGCCAAGAUGGAGGACGGUGUCUUGGCCAUUACCGUCCCCAAGGCUGAGAAAGAGUGGACUGAGAUCCACAAGAUUGAUAUUGAGUAGGGAUUGGAAAGGUUGGGAAUGAUGUGUUAUGAUAUCCACACUUGCAAUGGAGUUUGAUAGCUGCUAUGGCUUUUGGUCAGUUUCACGAUAACCCCGUUUAGCUUCUGGUUUUUAGUUUGGGCUCUGUUGGCGCGAAUACCUUAAGUACCUGAAUACGAUAUCUAUAUCAUUAUUUAGCAGUAGCGGAAAGAGAAAAGAACAAACCACAAAAAAAGGGAAGAGAAGGAGUAGGAAGAAAAAAAAAUACAUCCAUCUAUUAAUUAUUGAAAUCUUUAUUUGCAGACG